AUGAGGGUUUUCAUCCUCCUGUCGAUACUCGGGACAUCCCUGAUUUACUGCGAGGGGAGUCACAACGCUUCUGCCGAUGGUGUCGACAACAGCACAAAGUCAACAACCAGAAUCCAUCGUACUUUCGAACCAGACAGAUACCGAAAACAUUUAAAUGCUCAUGAAUCUCUGCUGCAUCGCUUCCUCUUUCCGGAGAGAAUGCACGACAACGUGAAGAAGUCGCCGUUGGUGCCGUUCGUCAAGGAUUUAACCGACGGACAUGAGAAUGAAACUGGAAAAAAUCCCAGAAACGUGAUUCUCGUGCUGCUGGAGGGCGCCGAGAGCUAUGAUCAAUGGCUGAAGUUCAAGGAUAACGCGACUCUCCUCACUGAAGGCGUUCUACAGAAAUGUUCCAAGCAAGUUUCGUUGAGAAACGUUUCUGAAAGUGGAAAAGUGAAUUGCGAGUGGAAACAGAUGCUCAAGGAUGGUAUCAAUGAUCUACUGCUUUGGGCGAGGCAGACUAAACACAUGAGUAUUGGCACAGUCUCCGGAGGAAAUUUCACGUUGCCCUCAGUAUUUCACUUCGAAAAUCCGCCACUUCUUCCCCCCAAAAUAUUCAACAAGCCUCAGGAAAUACCUCUGAGUUUUCUCGAGCCAUCAACGAAGUUAGAUAAUUACUCUGUCAAUAAUUCCCCUGCCAACGCAAAUCACUCUGGGGUGGGGAUCCCCUUGACUUUCAACCCAUAUUCCACCGAAGGAGAAGUGAAUGAAGAACCAUGGGACUUCCUCGACGUCGUCUCGAGGAUUAGAUUCGCAGUUUUUCGGACUUUCUUGGACUCUCUCCACGGAGCUUUUGGGAGGAAUGAUGGGGAUACGCCGCAGUCGGGAAUUUUCACUGAUAAAUUCCCGAAACAUUCGUCGGGUAUUGUAGACAUCGUGGCAAAUACUCUGCAAGAUUUGCAGACCAUUCCGUCGGAGAGCGGAUAUUUGCUGAUUGCUGUGGCGACUAGCCAAGAAUUAUUCGAAAUUUCAGAGCUACUUCGACGAAUGACUUCCAUCAAUGACACUCUCGUGAUCUUAACCGCUUUGCAAAACAACGAUGACAGGGGCAUUCCAGUUUUCACAAGUGGACCUGGUUCGACUCUCAUCAACAAAACCCACACAAUCUACGAUAUCCCAAAGGUCAUAAAAUGGACUCUUGAAAAUGCUCGUGAAAUCCAUCAGGAUCGGCCUCCACUGUCUCUCUCACUGCAUGACACCCCAAGGAGACGAGUCGCGCGUUCUGACGAUGAGGAUGAGACUGUCGACGAGAUGAAUGUCGAAGAGAAUCCACCGGAAAUUUCGUCGGAAACGAGCUCAAGUGAGGGGAAUACGGAGACUGAGUGCACCUCCAGUGAGGGCACGACAACUGAUUUUGUACCGGAGCCCCGCUCAGAUUCUGCUUCCUGUGCCGUAGGACUUCAUGGGAAAAUCCUCGAUUCGUUUGGUUUUGCUUAUCUUAUAAUUUCAAUCCUUAAAUCCUGA